AUGAUGAAGAAGCAGCAGUUUCACUGUGAGCAGUGUGGGAAGGGUUUUGUCUCUUCCUCAAAUUUAAAAGUUCACAUGAGGUCACACAGUGGUGAAAAGCCUUUCUACUGCACUGAAUGUGGAAAAUACUUCAGCACCAAACAAAGUCUUGAUUUUCAUAAGAGAAUUCACACAGGAGAAAAACCAUACGAAUGUCCUCACUGUGAGAAGAGAUUUAGACAAAAACAUUGUUUAAAAACGCACAUGAUUUUACACACCAAUAAGAGACCGCAUCACUUUAGGGAUUCAGGUUCAUUAAAAUCACAGCAGAAUAUUUACUCUAAAGAGAAACUCUAUCAAUGUUCACACUGUGAUAAACGUUUCUGCAAUAAACAUCAGCUGAUAAUCCAUGAGAGAAUUCACACUGUAGAGAAACCUCAUCACUGUCAUGUUUGUGGGAAGAGUUUCAGUCAACAAUCAAACUUAGAAAACCACCAGAGAAUUCAUACAGGUGAAAAACCUUUUAAAUGCUCUCAGUGUGACAAGACGUUUGCUUAUUCAGCUUCCUUAAAAGCCCAUCAGAGACUUCAUACUGGAGAAAAACCUCAUCACUGUAAUGUUUGUGGGAAGAGUUUUAGUCAAUUGUCAAACUUUCAAAAGCAUCAGAGACUUCAUACAGGAGAGAAACCUUACAAAUGCUCUCAGUGUGACAAGACGUUUGCUCGGUCAGGUCAGUUAAAAGACCAUCAGAGAGUUCAUACAGGUGAAAAACCUUACAAAUGCUCUCAGUGUGACAAGUCGUUCACUUUAUCUGGUAACUUAAAAGCCCAUCAGAGACUUCAUACAGGAGAGAAACCUUACAUCUGCUCUGUCUGUGGAGAGAGAUUCACUCAUUUUGGAAGUCUUCAGCAUCAUCAGAAGAAACAUCCUAAAGAACAAACUUCACUGAAAUCAUCAUAG